AUGGACCACGAUUCUCCUUCCGUCGCACCCCUGGACAUCGACCCAUCCAUGCCGAACAUGUCAGCGUUUACUUUGGUAAGUCAACCCGAUCUGGAACCUUCACCGGCCGACAUAGCUGAUAGAGACUUACGGGUGUCCAAGUUCAAAGGCCCGACAGCCGAUCUUGAAGAUGUCGCCCGGGUGAUGGAGGGUCCCGCAGCCAGACCAACUGAGAACCAGUGCCCCAGACUAGUGGAGAACCAGUGCCCCAGACCAGUGGAGAACCAGUACCCAAGAACCAGCUCUGCUUUGCGGCGUCGCUGGCUAGUGGUCCAACUCCUGAUGCAGGUGUGGCUGGCAGCAAAUCCAACUUUGAGUGAGCGCCCAUGCCCCAAGAGCUGUCGCUGUGAUGGCAAAAUUGUCUAUUGUGAGUCAAGCGCCUUCCGCGAUGUCCCCAAGAACCUCUCCGGAGGCUGUGAAGGCCUCUCUUUGCGCUACAACAGCCUCGUCAGUCUUCGCGCCGGCCAGUUCGUAGGCCUCAACCACCUCAUCUGGCUCUACUUGGACCACAAUUACAUUGCCACUGUGGAUGUAUUGGCCUUUCAGGGUGUCCGCAGGCUCAAAGAGCUGAUCCUGAGUUCAAACAAGAUCACGUCGCUCCACAACACCACAUUCCACCCUGUCCCCAAUUUGCGUAACCUGGACCUGUCGUACAACAAGCUGCAGUCCUUGCAGCCUGGGCAGUUCCAGGGACUACGGAAGCUCCUCAGCCUCCACAUACGCUCAAAUUCUCUCAAAACCGUCCCGAUGCGUCUGUUCCAAGAUUGCAGAAAUCUCGAGUUCCUGGAUCUGGGUUACAACCGCUUACGCAGUAUCACCCGGAAUGCAUUUUCUGGCCUAGUCAAGCUCACUGAGCUGCAUUUGGAGCAUAACCAGUUCUCGAAGAUCAAUUUCUCCCACUUCCCUCGCCUCUACAAUCUGCGGGCACUUUAUUUGCAAUGGAAUCGAAUUCGCUCAAUGAACCAGGGUCUUACCUGGACCUGGGCCUCCAUCCAGAAACUGGAUCUGUCUGGAAAUGAUCUGAUGGAAGUGGAUGCCGUUGUUUACCAAUGCCUUCCUAACCUGCAGACCCUUAACCUGGACUCCAACAAGCUGACCAAUGUCUCCCAGGAGGUGGUUGAUGCCUGGAUCUCUUUGACUACAAUAAGCUUAGCUGGGAAUGUAUGGGACUGUGGCCCGGCUAUCUGCCCUCUGGUGGGCUGGCUGAGAAACUUCAGAGGGGCAAAGGAGACCACAAUGAUCUGCGCCUCCCCCAAGAAAGCCCAGGGUGAGAAAGUGAUGGAUGCUGUCGAAGCUUUUGGUGUUUGCCAAUCAAACCCAGGGACAACGCUCACCCUGAAUAUCCCUCCAACCCCAUCCAGAGACCCUCUGCAGACUGAACGCCGACCAGCCAUUCGGGCUUCACCUACUGGUUCUGGAAAGAGAGGAGAGGGAUCUAUCAGGGGUGCCACAUUGUCAGCUGUUACCCCAGCUGGGGCACUUCCCCCGGAGCAAGACUUGGAGCCUGUGUCCUUCCACAAGAUUGUGGCUGGAAGCGUUGCCCUUUUUCUAUCCGUCGCGAUGAUCCUAUUGGUAAUCUACGUGUCUUGGAAGCGCUACCCCAGCAGCGUCAAGCAGCUGCAGGAGCAUUCGGCAGCAGCCCGCAAACGCCGCAAGAAGGCUAGAGAGACGGAGCGCACCCUGAGCUCUCCACUUCAGGAGUACUAUGUGGACUACAAGCCCACCAACUCUGAGGCCAUGGACGUGCUUGUGAAUGGGACCGGACCCUGCACCUAUACCAUCUCAGGCUCCCGAGAAUGCGAGGUCCCCCACCAGUUGGGCGCGCUGACCUUCUACCGCUACGAGCAGCCCAUCGUGGACUACUGCCAGGCCCACCAACCCCUGCGGAUCAACAUGGGCUACGAAGGACCCCCACAGGGCCUGGAGGGUCCGGAGGACCUGGGGCCGUGUGAUAGGGGCACCAUACAGACAGUGGCGAUGCCGGCCGUGCCCUCCUCCGCCAGCAUAGGUGCCCCCGUGCCAGGGCCUCGCUCUCCUCCGCCGGCCCUCAGACCACCGGCGGCCGACGGCCCCGGCGGCGGUCCGUUCCCCCCCGCCGAACGCACCGGCACGCUCAAAUUCGGACGCUAG